AUGAAAAUAAAGGUGGCCAUCGUGGGACACUUGAUGGGUGUGAUGGGUGGAUAUGCCGCGGAGUCAGACAAAGAUGGCGGCAGCAGCAACGGCGGAAGCGGCAAGCGGCGUCGCACGCGGACCAACUUCAAUGGCUGGCAGCUGGAGGAGUUCGAGAAGGCAUUCGAGGCCAGUCACUACCCGGACGUCUUCAUGAGGGAGGCUCUCGCCAUGCGGCUAGACCUCAUCGAGUCACGUGUACAGGUGUGGUUCCAGAAUCGUCGGGCCAAGUGGCGCAAGAAGGAGAACACCAAGAAGGGACCUGGUCGACCAGCCCACAAUGCGCACCCUCAGACCUGCUCGGGCGAACCCAUCCCUCCCGAGGAAAUCGAGCGACGAGAGAGGGACCGGCGGGAAAAGAAACUACGCAAGCAGCUCGAGAGGCAGGCCAAGAGGCUGCAGCAGGCCCGCCUCAAGCCUGGCGUAAACCUCGCGAGCCUACGCGAAACGAUCCAGCAAUCGCUAACGGAACUAUGGAACACUAACCCGACCAAGGAACCACGGGCCCUGGUUGGCCCGGAAACGUUCCGGCUAUUGGAGACGCUCGGUUUCAACGUCAUCGAAUUGCUGUCCAGGGCUCGCUUCGAACCACCCCGGCGACAAGACGUGGCUCCACCAUCCAGAUCUUCUGCGGACGACAGCUCCUCUGACGCGCCAGCGCACCGCUUCAUGACGCUGCUCACGACCACCACUCCACCUGGCGGAGGCGUCGUCGCCAGCGGCAGCAACGGCGGAGGCAAGUCAUCCGCCUUCAGCAUCGAGAGUCUCCUGGCGUCUCGCGGAGCCCCACGGGAACAGGCGAAACACGUGACGCCACUGCGGUUACCACUGGCAACAACGAUGGCAAGCGGCUUUCCUCUGGUCGUCCAGCAACCCAUGGGCUUUCUGGUGCACCCUGAACUCCAAGAACGUGGCCUCGAUGAUGAUGGUGACGUCAGCGCGGAACGAGUCCAACUGCAACGUCAUCAUCACCAACAGCAGCGGGACUGCUGCAGCUCAGCCGAGGACUCCAGCGAUCCAGACGUUACGUGUUGCGACGACGAGGAUUCCGCCUCGCAAAUGGACUGUAGACGGACCUCUAGAAGAGAGCGGGCGGACGUCGGCGAUGACGUCAGUGUCGGUGGGGAUGACGUUCGCGUUGACGACGACGGUGACGUGUCGUUGCGCGAGAAACGGAACAGGGAUGUGGCGUCUGACGACGAAUCGGUGUCCGUCCACGUAGCAGUCGACGACGACGGUGUGGACGGAGACGACGAAACAGAUGCGUGGUAACCACGGUGCCGGAACCACGAAGUGACACACAACGACGGUGCACUGGUUUCAUGAGCAGCGCAGACCUAACUUAUGCGAUGGUGACAUGCGAUACAUGUUUGAUCGCGAUUGAGACCAAUGCGAAUGAAAUUGCUCGGUCGUGAUUGCCUUGAGCGCAUAAACUGCAGAAAGGAUCCAAUCGGGGUGGAACAAUCUAAUAGAGGACGGGCCCGGUCGCGAUCGAAAUUGUACAGUGUGACGCACAUAUUAGAUUGUGAAGCAGUCAAUUCAACGCGUGGUUUCUGCAGGCCGUCAAAAAAUCAAUUUAUGGGAAUUGGGCAUUGGUUGUGACCUUCACAAUGAAAAAUUGCACGCAGACAAGCAUUUUCGGGCAGUAUAUAUCGUGGGUAGUACGGCUUGCAUGCCACCUUCCUCAGAGAAGCGUUUGAUCAUAAAGCUGUACUUCAUUUUCCACCGAAAGCACCUCCCAGAUUUUGGUGCAACUGCUCUUGGUCUUUGUUGAUGUCACACUCGCACAUCUUUGAAAUGAACAGUGUAGUAGUGGUUGUGUCUGCUGCCCAACGGGCCUUUGCACUCGUGCGUCGUGGAUUCUCUGGUGUCGCACUAUAUGUUGUGUGAAAUUGACUUUACCAGGACUUUGUGAGGGACGGAGCGGUUUCUUGUUCUUUAUUUAUUAUGCAUACGCCUCCGUUCCGACUCCUCUCCAAGUGCAAAUGUAGGUGCGGGUAUCUUUGGGGUUAGGAAGGCCGCCAUUACUUGGUAAUUAGCUGUUGAUAACAUGAAAUGAUGCGCCAGUGUGUGCUUGUUUACUUGUGUGCAUGUGCGUGCUUGAACAUUAGAUGACCAGUGUCUGUUUUUUCUUUUUUUUUUAAUUUUUUACUGCGACAAGGGAGGCCAGCGUUGUGACUUAGUCGAGAAAGAGAGUCACUGGAGAUGGUUGUGUGAUCUGAAGCGACGUUAUGCCAUCCUUACCGAUAUGUUGACCUUUUUUCAUCUCUGACCUGCGUCCUGUAAGCCACCACAAUAUUGAAGAAAGAAAAAUCAGUUCUCUAAUACUGCAAGCGCAUUCAUUAUUCAAGUGGCAGGAUGAUAGUGUGAUCGUAGGCAGCUUUGAGUCCUAUUAACAGGCUAAAAGCCGAGGAAUUCUGGAUUGCAGUGGAGAACUAGUCGAAUGCUUUAGAAAAAGAAGAAAAGAAUGACAUGGAGGAUAUGAGUGAAACCGUAACUAAUGUAAUUCCCUAAGUAGCACUUCUAUGUCGUGGUAAAGUACUAACACACGAAUUAAGCAACAUCUCUCAAACAACUGAAGACCUAAUAAAAAUGAACAACAGAUGAAAUUAACCACGUCAAGAGACAAAGUAGAAUAUAUUGAGCUUUCGUAAGGGAUCAACAAAAGAAAACUUCGUGACAUACGAAACUACAACGUCAAAUAGGUUUAGGCAGGAGUAAAAGAGGGUGACAACAUCUAGGCAGCUAAAGAAAAACUGCAUCGUAAAGACCAUAUUGCAUGCCGUCAAUGGGAAGAAAAGCAAUAUCGUUGACAGUUCUGAUGACAUAUUGAAGGCGGUUGAGGUCAUUUGCUCAAAACUGCACAGAUCGAAUGUAUAUCUGCUUGCCUCGAGUGAUACCAAAACUGCUCAUGACACCGGAGUCCCAAGCGUAACUAUCGAUGAGGUUAGAAAAGCCCUACAAGGCAUGUCGCGCGGAAAAGCGCCCGGAGAAAACGUUAUAACAACCGAUUUGAUGAAAGAUAGAAGACAUUUGAUAUUUAAAAAGCUCGCAAAACUCUGCACACAAUGCCUUAAAACACUGACUGUACCAGCCAGUUGGAAAAACGAGAGUAUUUUACUCAUACACAAAAAGGGAGACGUGAAGUACUCCAAGAACUACAGGUCGAUCAGCCUUCUCGCAGCAUGGUACAAAGUAUUCACGAAAAUAAUUUCGAAUAGGAUAAGAGCCGCACUUGACUUUAAUCAAUCUAGAGAACAAGGUUGGCUUGAGGAAAGGGUAUUCCACCAUGGAAGACCUUCACGCUAAUGAUCAAAUCAUUGAGAAAGCAGAUGAACACAAAAAAACCUCUAUGUGCGUUCAUACACUGAAAAUGCACUGGAAUCGGUAGAGAUACCAUGUGUUCUGGAGGUUUCUCGGCAAACGAUUACUUGAAACAUAUGUAAAUACCAUAGAAUAUUAAUACAGAGAGUCCACAGAUACUCCGCUCCUUUUCAAUAAAGGCAGGAAAAUUCCGUUCGGGAAAACAGUCCGUCAUGGGGAUACAACCUCUUCACCGUUAUUCGCUUCCUGGCUAGGAAUAUUUAGACGACUUGAGCAAUGACGGAGCAAUACGCUUGAGAAAUGACAGUGAGGAAUUGCAAAAGAUGAUUGAAUAAAUAAACUGAGAAAGCUUCGAACUAUGGUUGAAGAUAAAUGUGCAACAGACAAAGACAGUGCUAUUGGGUCUGGUGAACAAGCGAGAAUUCGUGCUAGACAACCGCACCCUUGAAGCAACAGAAGGGUACAUUUGUCGAUGCCAAAUAUUAGCGGGGUAGCAUAUCGAGGUAAAGGAAAUUCGCUGGAAAAUAAAGAUCGGUUGAUGCGCAUAAGGUGGACAUCCUCAAAUUAUGACCGGUAGCAUGCCAAUCUCACUAAAGCGGAAUGUGUACAACCAUCGUAUUUUGCCAGUUCUAGCAUAUGGGGCAGACACCUGAUGAUUAACAAAGAAACUCUAGGUGAAGCUGAGGACCACCCAGUGUGCGAUGAAAGGAGAAGUGACAGGCGAAAUUGUAACAGAUAGACAGCAGAGUCCACUAGAGAGGAAACAAGCGUAGACGCUAUUCGAGUAAAUAUUGAGAGGCGAAAAUGGGCCUGGGAAGGUCACGUUACGAGAUGGACACAUGACAGCUGAUCACUUUGGACGUCUGAAUGGACACCAAGAGAUGGGAGGCGUGGCCGUGGUCCUCGGAAGGUUCAGAGAAGCGACAAAAUCAAGAAAUUUGGAGGCAUCAAAUGGAAUCAGCACAGGAUGGGUUGGAGAUCACGGCUAAAUGCCCUCUUCUUGCAGUGGACAGAAGAGGCUGAUGAUGAUAAUGGUGACAUAUACGCAUUAACCUUUUUCCGUCAUACGGUAUUAACGAUGUCGCAUCUGUAAAUACCUUAGCGCUUACGGCGACAUCCCGUGACGAAAUCUUCAACCAGAAUUAUAGCUGGAAACUAUUGUGCUCGCUUUAGACACAACUCUAAAGGCGUUUUCGGAGACGCACCAUUGAUGAAUUAACAUUUGUGCGGAAUGAUUACAGCAAAUCACUUGUAUAGCGGUCCUAUUGGCCCCAUGGUAUGUGUUCUCGUGCACUGCAUGACAUAAUUAGGGUGAACGUAAUUUUUCGGGUAAGUUUAGCUUGAUGGACUGACGAUUAGGGAGCAGCCAGCGGAAUGAACAAAGCUUUUGUUGUCUACUGUUUAGUACCACAGGCUUUUAUUGCUGCAAUGUUUUCCUUGUACUGCUCUACUGUCAAUGUUGUAACAUUCGCCAUACAUUAAGCAGGACAAGUACACAGAUUUGUUUCAGUGCUCAAAAAUAUUUUUUUUUCUUUUCAGUGCAACUACUCGUUGCUUUUGCUCAUUAAGCGGGAACUGAGGCUCCUUAGAAUAGAGUCAGUUUGUAAUAUUGGAAAAUGUGAGAUUGUUGAAAGUGUUUUAUUUUCUUUAAAAUUACGGCUCUAAACACCUCUAAAGGAAGAGCGAGUGCUAUUGCGAAUUUAGAAAACUAACAUACUUGAUGUGCCCUUGACGAGCAUGACAAAACAUCGUUCUGAGGGAUUUGCAGAUUAUGAUUUUCCACACCAAAUGCUAUAAGCGAACCCACUUUAAAUUCUCAUAUAAUUUUUGAAUAUCGAGCAAUUAUACUAGACUUCAUAUCAGGGCUAUGCUCACGUCCUAUUAUUCCUAAUUAUAACAACAGGCGAACGAAUGGAGCGCGAGGAACAAAUAUUACAAUUGCUUGAAAAUACAAAACACUUUAGAGCGUUUUCCUGAAUGCUACAGGCACUGUGAGAUGUUCGAAAACUGUUCAAAGAAUAUUCGUAUUUACAAAUGCUCACUAUUCAAUUAGAUGGCUGAAUUGAGUAGGGAACUGUUCGAUUCAAUAUUCCGAAUUUGGAAUAUUUGCACAUCCCUACGAGCUUGUGCCUGUGUUUUGUGUCCUCAUACACAGAGAAAAGUUACGUUUAUGAGGUGUUGCUUUCGCUAUCUAAUCACAAUCUCGCUUGCGAUGCUCUUUCACGUCCUUCCCAUUGUCCGUUGUGACUGUAUAGAGUAAGAGAUAAUAUGUUUCUUU